GUGGAGAGAAAAAAUAGAGGAAAGAAAAGGAAAAAGAAGGAAAUGAGAAAGAAAAGGGAAGAGAGAAAAGAAGAGAAGUAGAAGGGAAAGAAAGUGAGGGAGAAAGGGAAGUUGAAAAAAAAAAAAGGAAGAAAAAGAAGAAGGGGACGGGAGGCAGAAAGAGAGGAAGAAAGGAAAAGAAAGAGAGGAAGAAGAGGAAAUGAGGAAAUGGAAGAGAAGUUGUGAUAUAUAUAAGACAUAUACGGACCGAAGUUGGUCCGUAUAAUCCUCAAUGGCGCGGCGCCACCAAAAAAUUCAAUUUUUUUGGAAAAAUUUCAAUUUUUUCGGGAAAAAUUUUGGCGCAUUAAUAAUAUUCAGACCGAAAUCGGUCUGAAUAUAAAUAAAUUACCGCAGAAUUAAUAAGAUUCAAAUCAACGAAAAAAAUUUGGCGCAUAAAUUAAUUACGGACCGGGAUCGGUCCGAAUAUGGGCAGUCGGAGGGUUUUUUUUCUUAAAACUAAAUGAAAUUUAGUAUGAAUAUAUACGGACCGAUCCCAGUCUGGAUAUAUGCAAAGAAUCGAGAAGCUUCCACGUUUUCCAUUUUCAGACCGAUUUCGGUCCGAAUAUAGUAGAAAAAAAUCCAGAAACUUCUUCCAGUGCACAUUUUUAUUCUUUUCAUUUAAGGAUAUUACCAUCUUCUCAUGUUCUAAAUCCAUUCCUGCGAAAACCAAUUGCAUGUACAUCGACCCUACAGUCCCUUGGAACCACAAAACCAUCGAUUGUCUAGCUAAAAUUAUCUUACGAUACUACGGAAUAAUAUCGUUACAAAACCACGAACGUAUAAGUUAAAGGUUAUUAGAGAUAAUGUUACGUAAUGUUCUUUCGAAGUAAUAACCAAAUAAAAUUCAUUUUUUUUCUUAAGGUUAACCACUUUGGCUUGUAAACAUUCGGAAUGUUACGGUUUAAAACAAGAGUAAAACGACUUAAGCAUG